UCUCAAUCCCCACUCUUCAUGCCUCCACGCACACCAUCGUCGACCCACCGUCACCGUCCACCUCCAUUGUCGCCGGCCAACCCAGCCAAGCCCCUCCCUCGUUGCUUCUCUCUCUCUCCCUCAGAUCUCCCUUUCUCUUAUCCCUCGAAUUCCUUUCUCCCUCGGAUUUCCAUUUCCAUCGGAUCUGCAGCAGCCGCACCACCUCCAGCUACUGGCGUAGCUACCCCCUAAUGGUCCCCAGCCCCUCCACCAAAGCUAUCCCUCUCUCUCACCGUCGAUCAGCUCUUCCUCGGAUGGGAAGUGCCAAGGACGAAGAAAACUUCCUCUCACCAAGGACCAACACCAGCGUAGAUGAAGAAAACAUUUUACUCGCUCAGAGUGUUUUUAGAACUGAGUUGGAUUGGGUCUUGCAUAUUUCCGGCCUCUCUUCUUUUUGGAUAUUUCUCGUUUGGUGAAAGCACAAUUAUUUGCAUUUUCCAGAAGCUUUAUUUUCAAAUUGAGCAUGAUGUUGGGAUGGACUCGAUCAAAUUGAAAGCUUUGAUAGACCUUUUUGAUGAAAUUGUGGAAGAACCACUUUUUAAUCAGCUAAGGAGAAAGGAGCAGCUUGGGUAUGUUGUUCAAUGUAGCCCACGAGUCACACCGUGUUUUUGGGUUUUGUUUCGUUGUUCAAUCUUCCAAGUACAACCCUGUCUAUUUGCAAGGGAGAAUUGACAACUUCAUAAACAACUUGGAAGAAUUACUGGUAAGCAAUUCAAGUUCAUUCCUUGUACAUGCUCCUUAGCAUAUUUACUACUUAUAUGUUCCAACAUGUCUGCUGAGAAGUUGCGUCAUAUAUCUGGCUAUCCGUAGCGUUUUGGUGGCCUCUAGUGACAGGGUGGCAUUUCAUUUAGCAGUACCUAGUUUUGUUAAUCAUACAUUUUGAAAAUCUCAGCAAUGUCCGAGUUGUUGUGAUACUCGUUCUUCAUCCUACAAAAUUCUCUUUCCAGGAAUCUCUCAUUUGCUUUGAAUAUUGAGCUGGAUCCCACUCUGGUGUUAAAUCCCACUGCAAGGGAAGGGGAAAAACAUAUAUAAGAAGAACAUAAUAAUGAAGGAAAAAAUAAAUAAUAUACUA